AUGAUCCAGGAAUCUAGAGACCUCGUUGUCCUAGGUCUGCCAAAGCCAAACGAGGUUGAAGCACUUCGAAGAUGCGGCUCCCGCAAAAAGUCAGGUUCCAAUGUCCACACUACCAGCGAGAACAGAAGCUUCGAAGUCGAGAGCCUAGGAUCCUCCCUCACCUCUGUCUCCCAGGGCACCGAGACUAGCCAUGGAGAAGCCGCUUCGACGAAAGCGUCUCAACGGUCCAUUUCGGUUCGGUCAAGGCAGCGGUUGCACAAGGAUGACCAAGAUACAAUCCGUGGUCCCUUGGGGCUUCGACAGAUCCACUCGUCUCCGGAACCCUUGGUCGACUUGAUUUUCGUACACGGACUUCGAGGCGGAUCCAUCAAAACAUGGAGGAAGGGACUCGAUCAAAGCUGCUUUUGA